CAAGAAGCCGCAGAACAAGUGGCCUUAGAUGAGUAUUUGGAGCAACUAGAGAUCAAAAACUUUAUUAAGAACAAGAAGCUGGAGUAUUUGAAGGAGCAUCACGAGGAGGAAAUAAGACAAUUAACAGAACCAAGGAAUAAGUGGGUGGAGAAUAAUUUGGUGGUUGCUAAAGAGAGAAGAGGGAAUAAAAGAAAUAGAAGGGUAAUUUCACAGGAAAGAGAUGCGUAUCGGAGAUCAUUAGCCAAUAUUGAAAUUUUUACUGAGAGAAUGUCUGGCAAU